AUGCUCUCUGAGCUCAUCAUCGCCGCAACUCUAGUGGUCAACGGCUUCGCUGUCCUAAACUUCAAUCUAAAGAAAACCGAGAGUGGUUUUGAUAUUGACACGAAUUCGGAUUCGCUCGGAAACAAAAUCCGCAACUUCCUGAUUUCUCUGCAAUAUUUUCGCAAAUUUUCAAAUUCGUUCCCAUCGGGGCGCAAGAAUAUCGCCCGACUUCGCGCUAAUUCACAUGAUCAAAACCUAAAUGAUGACGAUGAGUUGUCAAUUGAUUUCUCGAAAAAAAUUCGCGAACUCCGUCUUGAACUCGAAAUCAAAAAAUGCGAAGAAGAAAGAAUCGAAAAAGACAUCGCGAUAAUUCUCGAGGAAAAUACGAUGGAUGGUGGAGAGCAAAACAGAUCAUUCGGACUCGCGCUGACGCGCCUUAAUAAUAAAAUGUUGGUUGUUGAGAAUUCGGCAAAACAAUUAACACAUUCUCUAAAGAAUGUUUCCACGUUGGCGGACACUAUCAGUGGACGAGUCUCUGCAUUAGACACCGCAAAAACGCGAGUUGUCAGCUGUCUUCAGUUGGCCAGCGAUAUGCGCGAUUUACAUACAAGCGCUGAAGGAAUUGACGAUGCUAUUAGGACAGAAGACUUUGAAACUGCUGCUCAACACAUCAAUCGAUUCUUGACAUUGGACAAAGCUGUGUUCCAGAUUCGCGAAUUCAAAGAUAAGGACGCGACAGAUUCGAUCAGACAUAGUUAUGAUGUUCUCACUUUGGCAAAGGAAAGAUUAUCAAAAAUCUUGAAGGCCAAAUUGGACGACGCCGUAAAACGAACCGAUGUAGCUGAAAUGCAGAGAUUCGUUAAAUUGUUCCCUCUUCUCAACGAGCCCGACGAGGGAUUGCAGCGAUUCGGUGUCUACCUAAAUCAGAAAAUUGACAAACUCGCAAAUGAGAAUUUUACGAUUAUGAAAGCGGGCGGUACCGAUGAUAAUAGGCGAAAUGUUCUCUAUGCGGAUACUCUUUUCAUGUUCUUCGAGGGAAUUGCAGAUAUCAUUGAAACAAAUCUUCCGAUCAUCGAAAACGCGUAUGGAUUGGGAAAAUUGCUUGAUUUUAUGUUCAUUCUGCAGACGAGAAUUGAUGACUUCUUCACUAGAGUUAUGGCCGAAUUCGAAAAGCAUCGCAAUGUGAAAUCAUUGAUUAAGCAAGUCUCCUUUUUGAAUUCAAAUGAGGAAUUUGCAGAAAAACAACCGGAUUCAAACGAUAUCGAUGUGGUUCUUUCGGAAAUUUGCAUGAUGAACAUGCACGUUGAAAUGUAUUGGAGAUUCAUUGGAAGGCGAGUUGGAAAGAAUAGUAAAGAAGAAGCAGUGGAGGCGAUUGAUGAAUUUAGCGAAGAGAAAACUCCAGAAGAUUUGGAGAAAAUUGAAGAGCAAAAGAAGAAGCAAAAAGAAGAGAAAGAGAAGAAACUUGAUCAAUUGUUGAAUCGAAGCGAAUUGGGAACUAGAAUGCAGGAACUAAUAGGAAGUUACAUUUUGUUGGAACAGUAUUACAUGCAGAAAUCCGCUGAAAAGGCUAUUGAUAUGGAUCAGAAAGAGGAAGAUUCACUCCUUACCAGUUCUAUCACUGACGAUGUUGUGUUCAUUAUUCGAAAGUGUAUUCGACGAGCAGCUGGAAGCGGCAAUGUGGAUAGUGUGUGUGCGACUAUCAACAAUGCUGUCGCAUUACUCGACACGACGGUUCACAAUUAUUUGGCGCAAAACAUUCAAGCGGAUUAUUCGAAUUUCGGUUUCGCCACAGAUGCUAUUCAAUCGGCUCAGACAGCUUAUAAUGCAUAUCAGCAAGGAAAAACUGUGAAGGAUACUCAUGACUCGCAGCGAGAUGCGUUCCUUUUGGCAAUUAAUAAUACAACCAAACUUGCAAGUUUGUUGAAGGAUCUUCAGCGAGGUUUAGAUUCCGAAUGGAGUGGAAAACAGAGGCCACAAGUCGAAAAGAACAAGCUGGAACAUUCGACAACCCUGAUCGAUGAAGCUGCGAGAAAACUGUCGCUUCUAUCCAAACAUGGUAUUGAGGAGCUGUUCAAAGCUACGUUUAAGCCGAAAAUUAAGAAUGCCUGUGCUCAGUAUCGUGAAAUUUCGCAUCAAUUAUCAAUGGAAGACUUAGAACACUUUGAAGCGAAUGAUCCAUUUAUGGAAUCGUUCUUGGCGUUAAUUGAUAAAAUGAUUGCUGAGCAUCAACCUCUAUUGCAUUCUGAUAAUUUCCAGACCCUGCUCUUGACGAUUUGCACCGAAGUCUCUCGACAAUUCGAAUUGUACAUUUUCAAAUGUCAGUUCAAUCGUUAUGGAACCCUUCAACUCGAUCGAGAAUUCCGUCAACUCACCGCUUAUUUAACAAACGUCGCGGGCUGGAAUGCGAGAGAACGUUGCUCCCGACUAGGACAAAUUGUUUCUCUUCUCAAUGUGGAAACUGUUGAUGAGGCUGUCGAAAUAUGGCAGAAUUCGAAAAGUGGCCCAUCAGCGGCUGCAAUUCGCCCAUUAACCCUUCCCGAAUUCAAAAAAGUUCUCUCGCUGAGAAUCGAUUUCCCCUCAUCUUCCCUAAAAUUUUUAGACUUGUAG